UGAUAAGUAAACAAAAACAAUAACAAACGCCUUUGAGGUUAAAGACAUUUCACCUAAAAAAAUCGAUUAAUUCAGCCCCUUUUCACCGAGAAACAUGGAGCGCGACAUCGAGGGCCUAAAUUCAGCCCUGGUUUCUGUUAAAAUCCUACGUUCGAACGUCCGUAGGGUGUUUGAAUCGGUGAGUAACGGCCUGAGGGCAGACCAUGGCGAGGAGGGCAAAGAAAACAAAUACAUUCUGGAGCUCCAAGAGUUACUCACCAUAGUGAACAACAAUUUGAGGGACGUGGAGAACUCGGUGGGCAACCUCACUCCGCCCCCCAGCGCCUUUAACUUGGGCAACACCACUUACUUGAGCCAAGAGACCACACAGGAAAGACAGCAGCUCUAUGGGCAACUGGUCAACAGCUACAAGUGGACCGAUAAAAUCAGGGAAUACAGUGCUCUGGCAGGGAAUAUCUUGGCAGCAAACUCUUUUAAUAAGACUUAUAAGACCCUGAGCACCACGAAAAGGCGAAAGACCCAGACCAGCAAUCAUAAUGUUGCCCCCGAGGUCAUUGAGAACCUUAUUACCAGCAUUGGGAGGCUGUUUAAUGAUGUCAGCAUCACUGCCAAUAGGCCUUUUGUGCAUAACCCUAUGAUUCAAGUGUCUUUGGGCAGGGUUCUGAAGGCAGUGAUCGCUUUUAAAGGUUUAAUGAUCGAGUAUGUGGUGGUGAAAAACCUGUCGGAAAACAACGAUUUGUGGUCCGAAUCGCGUUACAAAGUUUUCCGGAAAGUGACGGAAAAUUGCCACGCCGCCAUGUGCCAUUUUCACUCACCAAUGAUGCCAGAGUUGGCGGUGAGGUCAUUUAUGCACUGGUUUCAUAGCUACAUUACUUUAUUUAGUGCCCCAUGUAAGAGGUGCCUUAAGCACCUAAAUUGCAAUUUACCCCCCACUUGGAGGGACUUGAGAUCUUUGGAGCCCUACCAUGAGGAAUGUAAAUAAAUUAAAAGUUUUUUUUUGUA